AACUGCCAAUUCAACCACGAGGCCGCAGCUCCCUCCACAUUUUUGCGGCGUCAGAUCAAAAUCACUUGCAUAACCCUCGAUUUUUCUCUCCUUCAGUUCCACUCAAUUCAUCGCAAUAUUAUCCGUUAAAAAUGUCUGUUUCGACUGCAUUUGUGAGGGCAAAGCUCGAAGCUUUGCCUGUCAGAACUACGGCGUCGUCGUCGAUGUCCUCAUCCACUGCUCCUCGAUCCAGGCUAGCGGCGCCGAUCAGGAGGAACUGGGGAAUGAUCAAGUGCGAGGCCGCGCCGGACGCUCUGGCGGACCCGGCAAAUGCCGCUUCGAGCUUAUCGGCUCUCGAACAGCUCAAGGCCUCCGCCGCUGAUAGAUACACGAAAGAAAGAAGCAGCAUUGCAGUGAUUGGUCUGAGUAUCCACACUGCACCUGUUGAAAUGCGGGAGAAACUCGCUAUCCCUGAGGCAGAGUGGCCAAGAGCUAUAAGCGAGCUCUGUGAUUUGAAUCAUAUCGAAGAGGCCGCUGUUCUGAGUACUUGUAACAGGAUGGAAAUCUACGUGGUUGCUCUUUCUCGCCACCGAGGGGUUAAAGAAGUCACUGAAUGGAUGUCCAAGACUAGUGGAAUCCCAUCUUCAGAGAUCUGUGAGCACCGUUUUCUACUUUAUGAUCAAGAUGCGACUCAACACAUCUUUGAAGUGUCGGCUGGACUGGAUUCCUUGGUGUUAGGUGAAGGUCAAAUUCUGGCUCAAGUGAAGCAAGUAGUUAAAGUUGGGCAGGGAGUAGUGGGGUUUGGACGGAACAUAAGCGGUCUCUUUAAACAUGCGAUCACUGUGGGGAAGCGGGUUAGAACCGAGACGAACAUUGCAGCUGGUGCAGUUUCCGUGAGCUCAGCUGCUGUGGAGUUGGCUUUGAUGAAACUCCCCGAAGUCUCACAUUCCACUGCUAGAAUUUUAGUUGUUGGAGCAGGAAAAAUGGGAAAGCUGGUGAUCAAACACUUGGCUGCCAAAGGGUGUACGAAGAUAGUGGUAGUGAAUCGAAGUGAAGACAGAGUCUCUGCCAUUCGUGAGGAGAUCAAGGAUGUUGAGAUCAUCUACAAACCUCUUACUGAGAUGCUAACUUGCACCGCACAAGCAGAUGUAGUUUUCACAAGCACUGCAUCGGAGACUCCUCUGUUUCUGAAAGAGCACGUUGUAGACCUCCCCCCGGUUUCUCCAAACGCAGGGGGUUUGAGGCUAUUUGUCGACAUCUCUGUCCCAAGAAACGUAGGUGCAUGUCUCAAUGAUCUCGAGACUGCACGAGUGUACAAUGUGGAUGACCUUAAGGAGGUCGUCGCUGCUAAUAAAGAAGACCGUCUACGUAAAGCAAUGGAAGCUCAGGCCAUUAUAGCAGAAGAGUCGAAGCAAUUUGAAGCCUGGCGCGAUUCACUGGAGACAGUGCCAACCAUCAAGAAACUGAGGGCAUAUGCUGAAAGAAUAAGAGGUGCAGAGCUGGAAAAAUGCUUGUCGAAAAUGGGAGACGAUGUUCCAAAGAAGACAAAGAAGGGUGUUGAGGAUCUCAGCAGAGGGAUCGUCAACAAGCUUCUACACGGGCCGAUGCAACACCUGAGGUGUGACGGGAGCGACAGCCGCACUCUGACCGAGACACUCGAGAACAUGCAUGCUCUUAACAGCUUCUUGGAAAAUCUUUCCCUCGUUAAUGUUACGUUACCUUUGAAGUUUAACACAGUUUUCAUCUAAUAUGUGAGUAUUAAGGUGUCGAGUUUGUGAUUUGUCCAUGUAUACCUCUUCGUAAGAAUUUUAUUUGUAGAUAUACAAGCUUUAAGUUUUUUUUAA